GGGGGGCGGUGAGGCAGGCACAGCCCCCCGCCCCCAUGGCCGCCCGUCGGAGCCAGAGGCGGAGGGGGCGCCGGGGGGAGCCGGGCACCGCCCUGCUGGCCCCGCUCGUGCUGAGCCUGGGCCUGGCGCUGGCCUGCCUUGGCCUCCUGCUGGCCGUGGUCAGCUUGGGGAGCGGGGCAUCGCUGUCUGCCCAGCAGGAGCCUUCCCAGGGGGAGCUGGCGGCAGAGGACGACCAGGAGCCCCUGGAACUGAACCCUCAGACAGAGGACGGUCAGAAUGUGGUCCCUUUACUGGAACGACUAGUUCGGCCUCGCAGAAGUGCCCCUAAAGGCCGGAAACCACGGGCCCGCAGAGCCAUUGCGGCCCAUUACGAAGUUCAUCCACGGCCAGGACAGGAUGGCGCGCAGGCGGGUGUGGAUGGGACAGUGAGUGGCUGGGAGGAGGCCAAAAUCAACAGCUCCAGCCCUCUGCGCUAUGACCGCCAGAUGGGGGAAUUUACAGUCACCAGGGCUGGGCUCUACUACCUGUACUGUCAGGUGCACUUCGAUGAGGGGAAGGCUGUCUACCUGAAGCUCGACUUGCUGGUGGACGACGCGCUGGCCUUGCGCUGCCUGGAGGAGUUCUCCGCCACGGCCGCGAGUUCUCCUGGGCCGCAGCUGCGACUCUGCCAGGUGUCUGGGCUGGUGCCCCUGCGGCCAGGGUCCUCCCUGCGAAUCCGCACCCUCCCCAAGGCCCAUCUCAAGGCUGCCCCCUUCCUCACGUACUUUGGACUCUUUCAAGUUCACUGAAGGGUCCGGGGUUCCCAGUAGAUACCCUGAGCUUCCCCAAGCAGCAUUCCGAAGACCCAGACCCCUCUGCCCCUCUCCAAGCUGCUCCUGGCUCCAGAUCUACCCCUCCUCCAAAGGUAGGCGGGGCUUGUUCUCACGGUUUUUCUAUCCCACGUAAAAAUGCCCCCCCCGUCCACCUCAGUAGCUCUCAGAACCCCCCCACUUAUCCCUUGCCUUCCUAGCCCCGACACCCCAGUACACUGUGUUUGCCGACGCUGCGCUUCAGGCACUCAGGGCCUGGACCUGGUGGCAGGUAGCCCAGAAGCCUGGGGCUAGACCAUGAGCUCCCGAAUGUGAGGGGUGAGAGCCCAAGACAAGUUCCUUCCUUUCAGGAUGAUUCCCUGUGGAUUUUGAAAACAGAUAUUAUUUUUUAUUAUUUGUGAUAAGAAUGUUAAGUGGGUAUUAAAGAGAAUAAAUCACAACUUCUCUGUU